AUGCCUUGCCAGGUUUACAGUGUUGUUGACCUUGAUGAAUUCGAAGAAGAGGCCGAGUCAGCGGACGCCCAGCAUCAGACGGCUGCGCUCAAGAUCAUCGCAUCCAUCCUUAACAAUGCGGGAGUCACUUACGGCCUUAUGGGCGGCAUGAACUUUUACUUGCGCGGAUCAGGCCGGACGACCCAGGAUGUGGAUCUCGCCGUUGGCAGGUCCAAUUCUCUGUCAGCUGUCUUAGACCUGCUAAACAAUGAGAGGUCGCCGGGGAGUAGAAUGCUCUGGGCUUCUGGGGUUGCUCGUAUCUUUGUUCGGGUCCGUAACCAACUCGUGCAGCUAGAUCUCAAGUCCCAGGGUGCCGAGGGCCAUGACAGGACGUACGCGCCGCAGGUGAGGCAGAUUGCUGACCGGAUAGGCUAUGAAAAGCGACGUGAUUUUGUCAGCGAAGUCGUACAGCGAAACCGAGAGGACAAAGAGAUAGUCCGGUGGGCUCUAAAGAUUGAGCGGACCCCGAGCCCUGAGCCUCGGCCACCGACCAACGGCGGCAGGGGCGGCGGUGGCCACACGAACCGUGGCAGUCGAGACAGUCGGCAUAGUCGGGAUAACCGAAGAGACCCCCGGGAGUCGACAUCUCGCACUUACGACGAAAGGGAACGCCGAUCUGCGACUACGACCACCCCGUCUCAGAGAAAUCCACCCUCUAGCCGUGCUGCUGAGACGUUGGUGUCAGGAAUGCAACGCAUGCGCGUUUCAGUAGACCCAUCACGGUCGAGGGCGGAGACGCGCCCAGCAGUCUCGAGGGUCAGCAGACAACCAGCUACUGAAGUUCGGAGAAGCCGGAGGUCCGAACGGGAACCUGAGUAUUACUAG